AUGACCAAAAGAACUUUGAACAAUAAAAUCAGUCCAAAAUAUAUAAUAUCAGAUUGGGAUGAAACGAUUACAUUAGAAGAUACAAUUCAGUAUGUUGCUGAAAUACCGUAUAUUAAGAAUCCAAAUUUACAACCUAAAUUUCAAUUUUUCACAAAAAUAUAUUAUGAUGCAUAUGAGAAUUAUAAAUCAAAAAACGAAUUAAAUGAUAUUGAAGACUAUCGAGAAUUUUUGGCUGGUAUGAAUUCAAUUGAAUUGAGUUCAAUUGAUUUAUUGGAGCAAAAACGUAUAUUUGCAAACUUAACCAAACAAGAUUUUUUACAACAAACAACUAAGAUAAAACUACAACCAAACGUAAUAGAAUUCUUUAAAAAAUGUAACGAAUUGGAGGUUCCUAUAUUUGUUUUGAGUACUAAUUGGACAAGUUUAAUAAUUGAGGAUAUUUUAAUUAAAAAGCAUGAUAUUAAGAUAGCAGGAAUUAUAACGAAUGAAUUUAUAUUUGAUUCACAAGGAAAAACAACUGGUGAAUGGGAUCAUACAAAAAGACAAAUACGAACGUCAGUUGACAAAUUAGAAUUUGUAGGGAGUUUAGUGCAAAAAGAUAAUGAUCAUAAUAAUCAAAUCAUGUUUAUAGGUGAUAGUUCAAAUGAUUUAUUACCAAUCUUAAACGUUGAUUAUCCUUGUUCUGUAAAAGAUUCGAAAUUAGACAGCAUACUAGACAAAUUUAAUAUUGAUCAUUAUAGUGGUAAUUGGGAGGAUUUUUCAAAUUUAUUAAAAUAG